AUGGACAAGCUUAACCCUCCGCCAAUUCUCUCACUAGAAGGGAACUUAAAAGAAAAUUGGAGAAAAUUUGAACAGUUAUUUCAGAUAUAUCUCACAGCGAGUGGAAUGGACGACAAAGAAGACAAACUAAAAACAAAUAUUUUGCUUCAUCUGAUCGGCCCAGAUGCAGUGGAGAUAUAUAACACCUUUGAAUUUGAGGACGCCAGGAACAAACUGAAGCUGAAACCCGUCCUAGAUAAAUUCAAGGAGUACUGUAAUCCAAGGAAAAAUAUAAUAUUUGAACGUCACAUAUUUAACUCCAGAAGUCAAGGACCAGCAGAGCCAAUUGACAGUUACGUUACCAAUCUGAAAAACAAGGCCAAAUCAUGCGAAUUUGGCGAGAUCAAGGAUUCUUUAAUUCGGGAAAGAAUCGUACAAGGAAUUAGGAGUGACAGCGUUAGGAGUCGGCUACUUAGAACCCCGGAGCUAACCUUGGAGAAAAGCGUUGAAAUUUGUAGAGCGACAGAGGCAACAGAGAAUCAAAUGAAGCUCAUGACGGAGAGUGGCGCAAGUACAGAGGGCGUUGACCUCAUAAAGAAGCAGAAAUCCAAACGAGAGAUGCAAAAGGAAAUUAAAUCAAAGUGCGGAAAAUGCGGGAAAAGCCACGAGCCGAGAAACUGUCCAGCAUUCGGAAAACAAUGCUAUAAAUGCCAAAAGAAAAACCAUUUUUCUAAAAUGUGUCGAAACACAAUGCACCGGAAACCACAUGAAUUCAAGAAACGUUCAGUAAACAUGGUUAAUAACCAAGACUCGGACAGCGAGUACAGUGUUGACACUGUCGCCAUGGAAAAUUCAAAAAGAGAAUGGACGGCACAUCUCAAAAUAGGGAACAAGUCAUUAAGGAUGAAAAUGGACACAGAAGCACAAGUAAAUGUCAUGUCAAAGAAAACCUUUGAUUCCAUUUCAAGCGGAAAAAUUAAUCUUACAAAAUCCAAAGCAAAGUUACUGUCCUACUCUGGUCACAAAAUAAAACCAUGCGGAAAAGCGGUGCUUACUGGAGCGUACAAAGGAAAGUUCUAUAAUCUAGACUUUCAUGUAGUGAAUGAUGAUGUCUCAACAGUGCUAGGAUUGAAUUCUUGUGUCGAAAUGAAUUUGAUUGCAAGAGUUAACACUGCGAGUAACAAAGACGCAGUCCUGGACGAAUUCAAGGAUGUUUUUGAAGGAAUUGGGAAAAUAAAAGGAAAAUAUACGAUCAAAGUCGACAAAUCAGUAAGUCCUGUAGUGCAUGCACCUAGAAAAGUUCCGUUCACAAUUAAACGGAAGGUAAAAACUGAAUUAGACCGCAUGGAAAAACAGAAAAUAAUCGAGAAAAUUCAACAACCUACAGAAUGGGUCAAUUCAAUGGUCGUUGUGGAAAAACCUUACAAAGUCCGUAUCUGUCUAGACCCCAGAGAUCUCAAUAAAGCUGUGAGGAGAGAGCAUUUUCCUAUGAAGACCGUAGAAGAAGUUGCAUCUAAAGUAGCUGGAGCCUCAGUAUUCAGUACCCUGGAUGCUUCCUCCGGAUUCUGGCAUAUUCAGUUGGAUGAGGAGAGUUCAAAAUUGACCACGUUCAACACGCCAUUUGGGAGAUAUAAAUAUCUAAGAAUGCCGAUGGGAAUAAAUUCUGCACCAGAGAUAUUCCAGAGAACUGUAUCACAGCUAUUUGAAGAUAUUGAUGGCUGUGAAAUUAUCAUGGAUGAUAUCCUAGUUUAG